AAGCGACGAAGUGACCGCAACUAAUCGUAAUCGCAAGUAUAGCGAAACAACGUAUUGUUAUGUCAAUAUAUUUAUUUCAAUUAAUUACUGUGCUAAAUCUUAGCAAAUAAAGAGAAACGGUGAUGUGCCUUAAAAUUCCCAAAAAGUCUGUAAAAGCUGUGCAAAAAUGGAAAGAUGUGUUUUUGGAAGUUUAAGUUUAGGUUAUAGAAGGCAGUAUGUAAAUAAAGUAUGAUUUGCAAAUGUAUGAAAUAAAGCAACAUACAUAUGCAAAUAAAUAUAUAUCAUCUGUUAUUAAUUAGUAUAUCAUCUGUUAUUAAAUAGAAACCAUGAUAUGUCAUACAAACAUAUUCGUAUAAAUAGUGACUACAGAGGCCUUAAAUGGUGCAGAAAUUAGAGUAUGAUAUUUCCUAAGGAAUUUGAAAAAUGCGCUAUGAUGAGCGAAAAGUGUCCAAAUUGUGGACAGCUUGUGAAUGCGUCUUUCUCAAGACUCGUAAAGGAUAGUUGUGGUCAUACCAAGUGUCGAAUGUGCUUAGUGUAUGAAGCGCAUGGUUGUAAAAUUUGUCAAGCCGAACGCAACACUCAGGAUUACUUGGUGCCAUGCUCCAUGAAUGGAGAGCCAAACGAUGCAAACAAAUCGACCCGCGAAGAGAUUGUGUUGCCGUUAGAGCUGGUCAUCAACAAAGAUUCUAAGUCCAAGGAAAACCAUUCUGAUUCAAUCGGCACUGAGUGCAGAUCGUUGAAUCCCCAUCAUGACAAUGUUACAACUUUCGACAAUAACACAGAUGCUUACAAGCCUACAACAAAUGACACAGUCACUAAUGAUGAUUCCGGCAAAGUGUACAUUCCAAAAAUAGAAACUCAUGAUGUAGUAUUGAAUAUCCACGCCCACUUAAGGAAUGAAAGUAAUUCCGAAAUAAGGAAUAAGAAUGAUGACAAAACAGCGAGUUUGCAGAAUCCGCAUGAUAAUCAGGUACAGGAAGAAAAAAGCGAGGAGGCAGUGAAGAAAAACAAGAAUGUCAGAUGUCGUGAUCGUAGUCACAUAAUGAUAUUGCCGGGUAAUCCGGAAAGGUACAAAUGCAACGUGUGCGGUAAGAUCUUUCGAAACAAGAAAGGCAAGUGCUAUCACGACGCUUGCGUGACAGGCAUCAAGCCUUACCAGUGUACUUUUUGCGACAAGACAUUCGUAAAGCGCUCUCACUUCGAGUACCACGAGAGAGUUCAUAAAGGAUACAAACCAUAUAAAUGCAAUCUGUGCGAAAAGGCGUUUCCUCAACAGAACAAGCUCAACAGACAUAUGUUUUCGCAUAGCAAGGAGAAGCAGUUUCUAUGUCCCGAAUGCAACAAACGUUACAGCAAACGAGACGACUUAAAGAAUCACUUAAGUAUACACAACGCGACAACUACGUAUAAUUGCAAGUCCUGCGACAAGUCUUUCCGCAUAUUAAGUAAUCUCAAACGUCAUAUGCGAACGCAUACAAGCGAACGACCGCACACGUGUGAUCAAUGCAGCAAGUCUUUCAAGGACAAAUCUUUAUUAAUACGGCACAAACGGAUUCACGGGAAGGAAAGACCGUUCUCUUGCGCCAAUUGCAACCGAGUUUUUUUGUCGAAGAGCGAGCUGAGGCGACAUUUAACUGUCCAUUUAGAUGAAAAGCCGUUCUCUUGCGGAUACUGUCAGACGCUGUUCAGACGCAAAGAUAAUUUAAACCGGCACAUCCGACACCACCAUAGCGAGGAUUCCAAUUGCGAGAGACAGCGCAAGACAGCGGUCGAAGCAGAUCGGAAUUGUUCAACGAAGAGCAAUCAGCAACGGCAGAGGCAGAAACCAAAGAGGACGCAGCCAAAGAGCCCUGGCAAGGUCGCUACGAUGUUCGCAAACUCUCGCGAUCAGAUUAACUCGCGGCUGGACUCCAUGGGCAAUAUUACGCCUGUGAUCAGGACCACUAGCGAGGUGAGUAACGCGGUGCCGGUGAUCAAUGGACCCAUUAACAUUAGGCGACUGGAGGACAAGACUGAUAGAAAGAUAUUUACGUACACGGAGCCGAUUCCGAUCGCCGAGGCGGCAGUGCUUAACUGCCGAAUUGAAGAAAAGCUGUACCCGCAGAGCGCCAGUAGUCACAAUCAUUUUGUACGCAGCUAUCUAAUGGACAGAAAUUCAAAAGUGAACUCUUACCCUAACAACAAGCUCGCGUCACAAGAAAAUCACAGUUCUACCGCGACCUCACAAAGUGAACCGAGAACGGAAGAACGCAAGGAUCCUGUGGCUGACACAUACGAAAAGAAAACUGUGAGGACUAGGAAAGAGAAAGACAAGCAGAACGAGGAGGGAAAAAAGGAUGAGUCUUCUGAAAAAGAAAGAAGUUCCAGCGAGCUUAAGGAGGAUCUGAGCGCUACUUCUCUUCAAAGGUCUAAUUAUGUCUCCACAAUCAAGAAACAUACCACACAGCAGUCAGAGAGACAUUUGAUCGAGAACUCGACAAAUAAUGGAGAUUCGAAGACAACGAAUCAAUCAACGAUGCCAAAGGAUUUUCAAGACAGCUGCCAAAAAAAGCAGAGCGGUGUACAUUGGAGACGCAGAAUUACAGAGACGCUGAAACCGUGCUGAUUUCGAGCAAAUCAACGCUUCGAGUGCAAAAGGAUUGGAGCAAAAUGAACAAUACAUUAUCAAGUGUUUAAUGCGAUGGCACAAAGAUUUGCUGAUUUUAUAAGAAAGCUCAAAAUUGUGAGUGGAACAAUAAGUCGUUGAAAAUAACGCAAUAACAAUUUAUUAGCCAUCAUUUUUCUCAUCAAUUCUUAAAGUCAGUUACACGGUUACAAGUAUAGACAAACUUAGCGUAUCAUUUAAUUAUCACUGAUAUAUAUAUCGUUUAUUUACAAUAAUUAAAUUAUCGUCACAAUAAUUGCGCCACGAAUGAAAUUAUCUUUGCAUACGCAAAUGGACAUCGAUGAUAUCUUUAAAUAAAUGCAUACGUU